AUGGCGCCGAUGUCCCGACACUCUUUCUCCGGUAGAUCAUCCAGAGCUCAACCCAAGUCAGCUUUGAAAUCAUCGCGCCACGCCGUCGAUUCGCCUGAAGGCCCUCCUUUCAAAAAGCGCAAGUACGUACCCGGCGGACCUGGGGGAGGUGGGCGUUUCAUAGAUGUCGACGCUUCCCAAGAGACAACACCCAAGAAAAAACACAACAUUCCAAGGCGACACUCCACAAGCGCACGCAGUCGCCCCAUCCGCGAAAUCGAACAAUCAAUGCAGGCCCCUCCACCACCACCGCCGCCUGUACCAUCGACGCCGCCCUCUGUGACGCGUCCUCGACGUGAUAAGAGUCAGAACCGGGGUCGCUUUCCUUCUUCUACGGCUGCCGCGUUGGCGUUACAACAGGGGGAUGGUUACAAACCGAGAGAAGAGCGAGGAUGGGAGGAGUUCCAUCCCGACUUGGACAUCGACGGCAAGCUCGCCGUGUUUACUUCUGAAGAGGUCGACACUGUUGAGCCUAUCGCCAAUAUGUUAGGCCUUGAGUCUCUUAAUGGUAUAAGCACGGACAGUAGCACAGGAACACCUGUUGGCUAUCCUUCAGAACUGAUAUCGCCCGCUCCAUUCAAGCGCAGGCCCGGGCGUCCUCCGCGCCGCCCUGAAGCCAUCCUCAACGCUCUUUUUCAUCAAGGUCCCAAAAUCAUUCCUCCGCCGGGGCCAAACCCCCGCGAGAGACUGACAUUGCCGAAGCCAUCCUUCCGGCUUAAGGACCCUUUCACUUUCUAUGAGAACAAGAGCAUUGGCCAGCAGAACUAUGUCGAUCGAACAAUGGCCAGCGUUGGCUAUCAGGAAAGUGACCUUUUCCUUCGUCAUGACCGGCGCUUCAUUCGCAUGACCGAAGGUGCACAAGAAGACGAUAUGGACGUAAUACAGCCUACCGCGAUUGACGGCGAUGUCAAUGCGACGACUGGACGGGUCGAAUACGACAUGGAUGAGCAGGAUGAAAAAUGGCUGGAAGAUUACAAUGUAAAACGUCGAGGUGACCAGCUUGAGCCCAUCAAACCGGCCAUAUUCGAGAUCACCAUGACCAAAAUCGAAAAAGAAUGGCAUGCUCUCGAGAAGCGAAUCCCAAAACCGAAUCCCAAACCGCCUCAGACACACCGACCACGGUCCAGCUCCGCAGCCGCCGUUAAUGGCGAAACGGCUGGGGCUGGGGAAGAUCAAGAUAGUAAGUGUGCUAUCUGUGAUGAUGGCGAUUGCGAGAACGCAAACGCCAUUGUUUUCUGCGAUGGCUGUGACUUGGCGGUCCACCAAGAGUGUUAUGGUGUUCCAUUCAUUCCCGAAGGUCAGUGGCUGUGCCGCAAGUGUCAGCUGUUGGGAAGAGGCACCACGAAUUGUAUAUUUUGUCCAAACACCGAGGGCGCGUUCAAGCAGACCACCUCCUCUAAGUGGGCGCAUCUUCUCUGUUCCAUCUGGAUUCCCGAGGUCUCCAUUGGUAAUCCAUCACUUAUGGAACCGGUCACCGAUGUUGAAAAGGUACCGCGCAGUCGCUGGAAGCUCAACUGUUAUAUCUGCAAGCAGAGAAUGGGCGCUUCGAUUCAGUGCAGCAACAAGAAUUGCUUUGUUGCGUUUCACCCCUCAUGCGCACGGAGGGCUCAGUUGUAUCUGAAGAUGAAGGCUGGCCACGGGCUCAUGGACUCCCAUCUACUCAAAGCGUUCUGUGACAAACACGUUCCGCCAGACUGGCGAUUGGAACAUGGGACGGACCAGGCAACCGCCGACGCAAUUGAGUACUACCGGGAUGCCAUGUACGGCCGACGGUGGGGCGAUAGUCAGGCAGCGGCUCUUCAAAUGGGUCCCUCCGAGGUGGAAGUUGGACAGGAAGAACAGACUCUUACCCCUCGCAUUACUUUGACUGUGGGUGGGAAUAAACGCAAGCGUGUUCCCAAAACGAUCUGGAAGCUUCCCUCUGGCGCACCGGUCAUCCCCCAGGUAGUUUUGACCUCCGUUAUCGCGGCACUUCAGCGAUUCACCGUCCGUCAUCGAAAGCAAUAUGCGGAGGACGCGUGCAAGUACUGGACACUCAAACGUGAGGCACGACGAGGUGCUGCCCCACUUAAGAGACUCCAGCUGCAGCUAGAAACCUUCUCAUCGAUGGAGAUGACACGAAGAGAUUAUGUGGCAAUGGGUGUCACCGGUCACAAGCGCUUGACACGCCGUAUUGAGUUUGGAGAACGGCUCUACAAAGACCUUGAUCGACUAAGGAUGCUUUGCGAUGAGGUGAAGAAACGCGAAAGGGAGAAGUUGAAGGAUGCCGAGAUGCUUCGUAGCAUAGUGGACAUUGUCUACUUCCCAACGUUCCCCAUGCUCUGGCCUAUCUUUGAGAAAGCGCAACUUUUGGACAGUAGAGGCACAUUCGCGGGAGGUUUACACUGUAUACGGAAAAGACUCGAGGAACGAUUUUAUCCAUCUGUCGCCUCAUUCUCUGCCGACCUGGCCAGUCUUUUCACUUCUGAGAUUGGCGUUGAGUCAGCGGGAGGCACAGCUGAGCUCCAAGAACAGAUAUCUGGCCGUGCCUCCGGUCUUAGCAUUGAGCAGCGUGAGAAACGGAAACUGGCGAAGCGAAUCAUCAAGGCCAUUCAGCCAGCUUUGGAAGACGCCAUUCGAAAGGAGAGCGAGCUAAACCGCAAGCCUUUUGAGAAGGAGCUUAAGGAGCUUGACAUGAUUUUGGACAAUAGUUUGAUGUCUCGUCGUGAUUCUAUCGAUGUGGAAGGUGACACCGGAAUGGACAUUGCUCAGCCUGAUGCUAUGGAACGUAUUAAAGAGGCUGGCGAUGCGCCCAAUGGUGCUGUCUCUAGUCAGGAAGUCGCACGUGAAGAAGGCAGUGACAACGACCCUACCUCCGAAGAAGGUAUCAAACCAAACAUCAACACAACCUUCAAUCGACACCCGACUCCGGAGUUGACUGAAGAGGAUCAGCAGCUGCCUCUAGCUCGUGGCGGUAUUCAAUGGUACAUGCAACCCUUCGACCCUGUCGGUACGACCAUUCACGAGGAACGCUGGACCGGACGAGAUGUGAUGCGUGGCAUGAGCGAGGAGCUGAGUGAAUUGGAUGAGGAUGAAUUGCAAGAUCUGGUGGAUGAUGUACCGGGCGCGGAUGUGGACUCUACAAAGACAGCUGAUGCAGGCAAGAGCAAGCAGAACGUCCGCCGAACCCGUCGCGGGCGCAAAUAA